UUCCGCCCUCUCACCUGAGCUUCUCACCUGGCCAGCAGACAGGAAGCGGCGAGCUGGACGGACAGGGCGCUGGGAUGGGGGGGCUGUGGACUCGGCUCUUAGCGCUGCUGAUCGGCAUGCAGGGAGUGUUCUGUAUACAGGUUAAAAUGGAAACAGCUGUGUAUGGCAUUGUAGGAGGAACAGUUAAGUUAUGGUGCAGCUUCUCCUCGAACUACCCCACUUCUGACUUUGUCACCGUGGACUGGAGCUAUCGACUUCCAGAAGGUGGUCCCACUGACACUAUUUUACACUACCAGUCCAAGGCAUACCCCAUUCUACAGGGAGCUUUCAAGGAUCGGGUGAAGUGGGAGGGAGAUAUGAAAAGAGGAGAUGCCUCAAUAUCACUGAUUGACCUGAAACUCACAGAUAAUGGAACAUUCUCCUGCACUGUACGAAAUCCACCAGAUGUCCAUGGAAAUGUCCCUCAGACCAAGCUCACUGUAACUGUGGAGAGCCUCCACUUCAAGUUCACCUCGGUCAUUCUUCUCUCCGGUAUGGUAUUCAUCCCUGCAUUUCUGGUUACUUUAGUCUUGCUGAUCAGGAUGAGAUAUGCAAUCAAGAGGGGUAGAUCUAAAGACCAGAAAUUAAAGAAAUGUCCCAUUGAAGCCCAAGAUUGUGGCAGCUCAUCCCCUCUUCUUCCCAAUGCAUCAUUAGAUCAGACUCCUAAUAACUUGUGGCAGUGCUGUGUCCGUUUCGUGGGAACAGAUUAUGAUGAUGACUGUUGACAAUGAUGACUGUCUUCAGCAAAUGGUGCUUUUUAAACCUGCUAUGAAGAUUCACGCACCAACUGUGAAGUCUACACGUACAUGAGAAAACCGUAAACAGAUCCCGGAGUCCCACAAUUCAAUGUACGAAAGCAAAUCAUAGCGCAUUCUUUCAGUGUGGAGGGAUUGUUUGAUAUCUGAUCAAUAUUUAUGGAUAUUGCUGCAGCAUGAAAUUAUAUACUUUUACUGAGCAACAUAUUGUAUUAAAAUAUAAUGCUAACUCCCUAUUUAAGGGGUAUUUUCUAAGGAUGCCACACAAAGAAAAGUAUUUUUUUAAUUAAACUUCCCGGUUUUGUUUUUUGCUUUUUUUGUGUGUGUGUCAUUUUAAUGUCAAUUUCUGUAAUUUUUCUUUGGACUUGUGGCUGAGGAGGAAAAAUGUUAUUAAAAUGCUCUUAAAGGAACAAUCCAAGCAACACACUCAUAAUAUAUUCUGCUGUAGUGGUUCUGGUGCCCAGAAUGUCACGUUGUCCUCCCAGAAGAAGAAGUGAAAAUGUUUUAUGUCCCACUAGAUGCUUGCUGUUGCUGUAAGCCUCUUCUACCGAGCUAACUCGGGUCAUGCACUCAUUGGUGUGAGCACCCAGCUGUUGACACUUACAGCCAAUCAGAACUGCCCUGCACGGCAGGGCUUAGCUCCGUGAAUGUAAAUGGAAGGUCUUCUGGCAGCAGCGUAGGCGAUAGCAGUUGACCAGUAAAAACCAGGUAAAUUGUCAAACCAU